UGUGAUAAGCAGGGUCGCAUUUUGUUAAAAAUACAAAACAAAAAAUAUUUUCUUAAUGAAUUUUGGAAUGGAACGAUUCUUUGACUUGGAAUAUAGGGGCGAAGGAAACCGAUCAAUGGUAUUCGCAAACCCACAGACAAAACAAGUGUACAGAUUAGUUAAACAAAAUGCUACUCAGAAGAUAAGAGAUCACUUGUUGAAUGGUGUUGGUAAAUCAUAUGGCGAGAAUAUUCAAAAAGCUGUGUGUAUGGAAUUGAGGCAAGUUAUCAGUUACAUGAAGAAUAUUAUGAGGCCUCUCCUGUCUGAUCGAUAUGUUGUGAUACCUAAACUCAUUUUAUUGCCAAAAGGAUUUGGAGAAAAAGCUGUGGAGCUAGCUGGUCAAGCUAGGCCAGCUCACAGGAAGAAUUCCCACAGAGACAUCGUCGACACCCAUGUUCAGUGUGCCUUGGUCCUCCCAGACUGUUGUUUUGUCUGCAACCCCACCUCUGGCAGCUCGGAAGGGCACCCUGGCACCAAUCAUCAAGCGGACGAAAACACCUGCAACAGACAGAACCCAAUGAUCAAAAUCAUCUCCACCGACAGCCUGCGGCGCAGCAGCAGCAGCUGUUCUGGGGACAGCCAGGAUUCCAGCACGCAAACAGACCAGUUCAACGACAGCCUGGAAACACAUUUCUCCCUGGUGGACGACGAGGACGAUGCCCUGUCGUUUCAGUGCGUGUACGGUGGGGAGGAGCUGGAGGAUUCCGCACCACAUAUAUGUGAUGAGGGCGGUUCUAGAAAAAAUAUCCCCUGUGGUCAGUUUUACAUUACGGACGCUGGUAAUUCAAAGGACGAGUUCAGUAAAAACUUGAAGGAAAGUAGAGAUGAUUCGAGCUACACACUCAGCAUUGAAAUAAAGCCUAAAAAAGGUUUCUUGAAAAAAAUGGAUACUUCCUCUAUUGAAGAAAGUCAAGUCUGUCGCUUCUGUAUGCAUCAGUAUUUAAAAAGAAAAUCUGGUCAAUGGCCGGAGACAAGCGGCUACUGUCCUCUCCACCUCUUCUCUGGGAACAGAUCAAGGAUGAAGCACGCCCUAGAAUCUUUAAUCAAGACACCCCAGAACAAUUUAAAGAUCUGCAAGAAUGGAAGAGAAGUGUAUGGAUCUGAGAUCCGGCAAGACUUAAGUGCAAUAUUAAAAGGCUGGUUUCCUAUCAACCCCAACAGAAGGCCAGGACUGGUGAGUGUGUUCCUGGAUCUAGUCAUAGAGAUCCUCCUGAGUCCACCCAACAGUGAGGUCAGCAGGCCCCACUCCAAGAGACAGGUCAUCAUCAACCAUGGCCUGCAGAAAUGUGAUAGCCGACCUUACAUUGAUUUUGAUCAGGAUCAAUCUGAGGGUCUGCCAGAGUUCUGUGUUUUAGAAAGGAUCUACACAUUGCAGUCAUUAGAUGAUCUGGAUAUAGAAGGGGUUUACCCUUUGUACAAACAGCUGAAAGCAAAACUGGAUGUAGCUCCACAUUUAAUGAAAAAAUGGUGUUUAAAUGGCCCUUAUGAGGAUGUGUCUUGGUUAGUAGGUCACCCUGGUGAAGAAUUAAGUACCCUUGACCCUUCUUCAGAUGAGUAUGCAGUCCAUAAAGUAAGGCGGUUUCUUGUGUCCAAGACGUUGCAGGAUUGUUCAAUCAUAGUGGCUAUUAAGCCUGCUAAAAGCAUAGACAGCAGGCAAGAUUUUUUAAGGUUUGAAGGCGACCUGUACGCCUUCUCCAUCAGUGUGGUCGACCUUGACCCCAAACCUUUUGAGAAGGUCAACACCUAUUACAGGCAAGCCUCUGACAUUGCCAAAACAUUCGCCGAGAAAUCUUUUGGAGUACACCGAGCCAACUAAGUAUGAUCUGUCAAGGAAGGGCCAAACCUCCGAUGGAGUACACAGCCAUCUAAGGAAUGUGUCUUGGGGAAGGGCCAUGUCUUAUAGUGUAUCAUGUCAAGAUAAGCUUUUGUAUAUUGACAGUAGCUUUAUCAUCCACUGAAUCGUGCAAUACUUAAGGGAAUCAAAAUAUUACCUAAUAAAGUGCUUUACCCUGUCUUAUCGGAUCUAAAAAAAAAAUUGCAUUGUAUUUUGUUUUUGUUUUUUUAUUUUAUUAUCUACUGGCAAAUUGUAAUAUUUCAAAUUCUUCUUGAUACAUUGUUUAAAAGAUAUUUUUUUUUAAGUUGUAUUAAAUCUGUUAUUUAUUUACUUUGUUGUAUUUGUGAUGUUUUCCUGUACGUAAAGCCAAAAUGCUAAUAAGUCCUAUUGUGUACUUAAUAGUGAGAUCAUAAUUUGUACAUUUAUAGACAUUUUUCAUGUUUUUUUUUCCCAAUUGUCAAGCUUGUAAAAUUGAACAAGGAGUGAUUUAGAUGUUGGCUGAGUUUUCUGCAUUAUUUCAUAAUGUUGUAAAUCUGAAAUAUAAACCUGUUUGUGAUUUUUUUCUUCUGUUUUUUUCAUUGCUCAUGUGUAAAGAGUUGAAAACAUUUCCUAUCUCUCCUUUUUGUACCAUAAAAAUGUUGGACUUAUUCAAGUGUGUAACUAUUAGCUAGCAAAGCUGGAAGAUGACAGGCUACAUCAUGUUUAGUAUAGAACAAACAUAGAUCAUUUAGUAAUUAUAGAAACAAACAGAUAAUUUGAGUGUAUUAUAGAAACAAACAGAUCAUUGAGUGUAUUAUAGAAACAGAUCAUAAGUGCAUUAUAGAAACAAACAGAUCAUUGAGUGUAUUAUAGAAACAAACAGAUCAUUGAGUGUAUUAUAGAAACAAACAUAGAUCAUUCGGUGUAUUAUAGAAAGAAACACAGAUCAAGUGUAUUAUAGAAACAACCAUAUCAUUACAAGUAUUAAACAUAUUAAGAACACCAUGGUUUUUUUCUUUUAAAUCAGUUGUAUUUUUUCCUGUGCUUUAACCUCAUGCCCAGACUCCUUUAGUGAAUUGUAUAUUUUUUUUGUCAAAAAAAGCAUUAAAAUAGAAAAAACACUAUUUGUUUUUUUAGUCAUGCAUAAUUUUUACAAGUCAUUUCUCUUUGCAUUGCAACUUUAAAUUUUAUUUAUCUCAUUGAUGCUCAUUCCCAAAGUUUAAAAAAAAAAUGUCUUUAUAUAAACCAGAUAUGUAAAUUAGUCUCAGUGUAUUUAUCUUAUCAAAAGUUUCUCUCAUCAUCUUGUGAAAGUCUUCCCUUUAUAGAAUAACUACCUUACUGUCACCUGUAAGCUUUGGUCGCCUACCCCACAUCUCUUCUUUCAGUUCUUGAAUGCCAUACAUGUUUUUUUUUACCCUCGCCAUUCCAUGUUGCAUAAUUUUUUUUUAUAUAGAACAUGUUUGUUUCAAGCUUAAUGUUAUUUCUGUAUUCUAAAUGUAAAGAAGUGUAGACGGAUGAAAGAAAUGGUGUGCUGGUUUUUAUCUGUGUGCGUAUAUUUUUGUUUUUUUUUACUAAUAAUUUAGUUUUACUGAGAAAAAAUGUAUACAAAGGAAAUAAGGUAUUAGAAAUAAUCAUAAUGAAAAUAUAAACUAAAGUUGGUUUUUAAAAUAAUUAUUUUAGUUUUUUUUUUAAAGUUUUAUCUAGUCUUGUAAAACCAAGCUAACAACUUGUAACUCCAGAUAAUUCUGUUUUCAUUGUGCGAAAAAACAGCUUUCAACUCCAGCUAAUUCUGUUUUAAUUUUGCAAAAAACAACUUGUAACUCCAGAUAAUUCUGUUUUAAUUGUGCAGUAAACCAACAUUGCCUGUGGAACUGGUGUCUACAAUGUUAAUCUGUUAUUUGUUAUAUCAAUGUUAAUCUGUUAUUUGACUGCGGUUGAGAUAGAUUUCUCAAACUAAUCUUUAUACUUUGGCAAAAUUAACACCCAAGCUUCAUAUGAUGAAUUCCAGUAAACUGUAAAUGGCUUAGAUUUUUUAAAAAGAUUUAAAAUAGAUAAAAAUGAAAAAUAAAACUUAUAAAUUAUUUAGGUUAUUUUUAAGAUUUUGAUAAGAACAUUCAAAUGUUUUGUGUAGCUAUUUUUAACCCUUGGAAGUUUACCAACAAUCAGUCCCACACAGUUGACUAUCUUGUGCUGUUUCUUUCUCCAUUUAUCUGACAACAGUUUUCUUAUAACAUGCUUUACUGGAACAUUUGGUAUAAAAAAAUGUUCAUUACCCUGUUCAACAGCUCUUUGUUGCAUUAUCAAGCCUAUUAAAAGACCUUCAUGUUUCCUUCCAUUUUGAAACUGUUACACCACCAC